AUGCUUAACUUCAAGACUAGGGUUUGGUUGGAUGCCUCUAGGAAUGCCCCCACUCGCCCUGCCCGGAAUGCCAAACUAGAACUGGUAUGGGAGGCCGUCGGCGAUCCCUUUUCCCUACGGAGCACGCCGAACAUCAUUCACACUCCACGCUUCACUAUCCCAAGCCCCAUCUCAAGUUCAACAGCCAACUGGGAACAUAUCAACCAAAUGGCCUCCCUCAAAGCUACUCUGCUAUGCAUCGCCAUUGGCUUUGCCACCACUUCUGCCGCUCCUGUUGCCCAGGGAUUCGAGCCUCCCGGAAAAGAGUGCUGGAGCAACGCCGACUGCUACCGCGCCUACUUCUGCUCAUUCCCAUUCGAGGGAAAGCCGGGCGUGUGCACAUACGGCUAA